AUGGCUCUCACCAAAUUACGACAAUGGGCCUUUGUUUUGCCCACAAUCACAGUAUCAUCAUGGCUUGCAAUGCUGGCUGCGCUGUUUAGCUCCUGGUAUACCUCUGGUGAACCGCGAUACGCAUCUGAAGAAGACACUCAAAAAAUAGCAUUCAUCUCCGACAUUGGCGCGCAGUCGCUCAAACCGCUGUUCAUCAUCUGCACCUCGCUCUCCAUGGCUACAUACAUUCCCAGCACGACGCUAUAUUUCUUGUAUAUGAGUCCAUCCUCGGACGCAAUACGUGAUUCGUCAUCGUCAUCGUCAACAGCAUCCUGGAAAUCCGUGCACUCAAUAUGGACACGCAUCGUCCUCCCGCUUCUAAGCACGCUGCUCUCCCUCAUCGGCGCCACUGCGCUGAUCCUACUGACCAUCUUCGACACGGCGCGCUACCCAUCGGUCCAUCGCAGUUUACUCUCCGCCAGCAUAACCACACACGUUGUAGGUUGCGGCUUGCUUUGUGGCUGGUCCUUUGUCCGAAUCCGGCAACACCGACAAAUAACCCUAAGCAAUCAUGAUGAUGAUGAUUUCGUCGACAAAUUCUCCUCCACCGCCGUCGACUUGCUUCCCAUUUCAAAGCCAAGUUUGGCAAUAAAGAGCAUCUUCGUCGCGGCCGAGUUUGCGCUCGUAGCUUUGUUUGCUAUCAUGACCUGGUGGCUGAAAAGGUUUGAUAUCGCGGCGAUUAUGGAGUGGGCUGUGGUGUUGAUGUUUGCUGGGUAUAUGGCGUGUCUAAUUGGUGAUUUGUGGGGGGCGAGGGUGGAGAUUAGGGUUGAACAGGAGGUGGAUAUGCCUAUUGGAGUUGCUAUUUAG